UUUUGCUCCGCUCGUACACGCAAAGAGACGAACACGUCGCCGCGCCCGAGCUCACGGUGCGCCUCACCUACUGCAAACCUCUGCAAAUGCCUAUAAAUACACCGACGAGGCAGCGAUCACUCUCCAUUCACAGCAACAGCACAUCUCGCAGCUUAAUUUCAGCUUACUGAUCAGUGAUCACUGAGCUAGCUGAGACAAGUUUUUGAGUAUGGCAGCGAAGGCAUCUGCAGUGUUCGUCCUGCUGGUGGUGGUGCUCGCGGUGGCCGCGGCGAUGCGGGGAGCGGAGGCGGCGACGUGCACGCCGACGCAGCUGACGCCGUGCGCGCCGGCGAUCGUGGGGAACUCGCCGCCGACGGCGGCGUGCUGCGGGAAGCUGAAGGCGCACCCGGCGAGCUGCUUCUGCCAGUACAAGAAGGACCCGAACAUGAAGAAGUACGUCAACUCGCCCAACGGCAAGAAGGUCUUCGCCACCUGCAAGGUUCCCCUGCCCAAAUGCUAAGCACCUCGUAUGGUCACACACGCACUGGUCAUCAAUACAGUAGCACACCAAUGGCAUAUGCAUGGUUUUCAGGCUGCCAUUAUGCCAUAUGGGUGUCAGUUUAAGUAUACUAAUAAAAUGAGUCACUAGACAGUGUUCUGUUUAAAGUUUCAGAAUAAAAUCCAGGCUCAGUACGUGCUCGGUGUGUUAUGAGCUUCUGCUCUGCAAGCUUUAUGUGUCAUGUAUAUGUUACAGAAAUAAAUGUGAGACGGCUUUCUGCUUAAGGUCCAAUUGCACUUUUGUACUUUUGAAGUUCAGUCAUACAAGAUCAACAGUUACACAA